AUGUCAUAGCUUAAGUUCUGUUUGCAAAGAUCCCCAGUGGUUUGUAUCAGUGGUUGUGUUGCUUGGAAUCAGCUCCCUGCAACAAAUACUGGAGUUUUUGCAGAUGGCAGGUCUCCCGAGGCAUUGACCAUUGAGCUGUAAAGUGCAAGUUUUAAUGAGACAAAGCCUCUUCCUUCAUUUCAUGCUCCUAAUAUCACUGUGCCAAGUACAACCGCUAGCUGGUGGGAAGCUGUUUCCCUGUAUGGAAGCAAAAAGGUGAAGCUCAGUGAAAAUAUUCUGCAACCUGCUAUCAAAUUGGCUGAGAAAUGUUUUCCUGUGUCAGAGAUUACUGCCUAUCAUUGGAAAUGUGGUGCUCAUGUUUUACAAGCACCUGGAAACAAACCUGGGAAAGAGCUACCGAUUCAUGGCCACACUCCUCAUCAUGGACAAGGGUUCUGCAAUCCCUUUUUGGCCAACACCUUUGACAUAAGGAAAUCUCUGACAAAAUCUGGCAAGAAAAGAUUCUAUGAAGGUUGUGUUGCAGAAGCUAUUAUAGAAACUGUUCAGAAAAAUGGAGGAAUAAUGGAUUUAGAAGAUCAUGUCACUGAUGAAGUCAAACUGAUUUUCACAAAUUCAAGGUAUUCUGGACAGUUCAGUGUUCUGAACCCGGUAGAGAUCAUGAGUUUGGUUUACCAAAAUAUGAAUGUUUGGGAAAUCCCUCCAAAUGGACAAGGAAUCACAGCUUUGAUAGCCCUGCACAUUUUAGACAAUUUUAAUAUUAAAGACAUGGGCCAUAACGCUGCUGACUAUUUACGUGUGCUGAUUGAAGCCUUGAAACUCAGCUUCUCUGUUACUUUCUGGUUCUGUGCUGACCGUGACAAAGCUCCAGUACCUACAAAAGAACUUCUUUCUAAAACAUAUGCUAAAGGAUGCUUGGAGGUAGUUAAUUUACAGAGAGCCAGUGACAAAUAUAAUAAAGGAAACUUGCUACCAGUAGGAAGUGACACAGUUUACUUCACUGUGGUCCAUGCUCAAGGCAAUGACUCUUCUUUCAUCAACAGCAACUAUAUGGGCUUUGGCAUAGGACUGGAACCAGGUGGCUGUGGAUUUACUUUACAAAAUAGAGGAUCCAGUUUCUCACUAUCUCCCAGUCACCUGAACUGCCUCGCCCCAAGAAAACGGCCGUACCACAUGAUCAUUCCUGCCCUUGCUACUGCAGCAGACACUGGGGACCUCUUGUGCUCCUUUGGAGUAAUGGGUGGGUUCAUGCAGCCUCAAGGACACGUGCAGGAUGUAAGUAAUGUAAGUCCUUUGGAAUGUAUGGCAGAACAUCAGAAGGAUUCACUGCUUAUUUAA